GAGUUGUAGAAGAAUGUAAGUAAGUUGAGGUUGAAACAAGUGAAGGGUUGAGAGACAGACCAGGGGAGAGACUCAGGACAACACGUCAAGAUGCUCAUCAAAGUUAAGACCCUGACUGGCAAGGAGAUUGAGAUCGACAUUGAGCCAACAGACAAGGUUGAGAGAAUCAAGGAGAGAGUAGAAGAGAAGGAAGGGAUUCCUCCUCCCCAACAGCGACUUAUCUUCUCCGGGAAGCAAAUGAACGAUGAGAAAACUGCAGCAGACUACAAGGUCCAGGGUGGCUCCGUGCUCCAUCUUGUCUUGGCUCUACGGGGAGGUCUUGAGGGAUGUUAGGAUAGUUGUACUGUAUUGUGAGAACUGAGACACAUCUCUUGGUGGUACAGUUCCCAUCCCUCAUAGACUGAGAGCAUUAACUGCAAAAUGGAUCACUGGAAAAGGAAGAAAAAAAAAAUAGAAGGAUGUUGAUUAAGAGGUUUUAAUAGCCAGAGAAGAAUGGCUUUAUCCUUCCUUACCCUCAUCACAUCACCUGCUAGAAGAAUCUGUCUCUCUUGUCCACUAUUUAUACACUCAUUAUUGAAUUUGAAAGAGAAUAGCUUUGCCAAACUGCCUGUAUUGUAUCUUUAAGCAGCUCUCAGUGAUCUUAUGCUGUACUGUACCUGUAGGUAUUUCCCAACCACAGUAUAACUGCUUGUAACAAUGAAGUGUAUCAGGUAAAGCACAAGCUCAUUGAAAGUGUCAGUUAAAGAUUUUUUUGUCUUUACUCACAACAAUUCCACGUUAACAUUGAUUAUUUUCCUUAAGUAGAAAUAUUUUAUCAAGUUCUGUACAAAAUUAAUUUUUGCCAUUCUUGCAUAUGCCUAUUAGGUGCUUCAAGUGGCUAUUCUGAGACAGGUUAGUCUUGCUUUUUUCUUGUUUUUUUUGACAAAUUAUGCAAUAGCACUCUUGGUGGGCAUGAAGCAUUAUAUCGGACAGUACUGUAUGUAUGUCUGCGUCCACAACAUGAGGCCUAUAUUGUGUCUCGUCUUAGUCAGCUUUGCUCUCCAUUCAAUAGCUUCAAGACAUUGCAUAACGAGUAAAAAAUUAUUAAUUUAUUCUGCAUUGAAGGAACUGUAUUGUACUGUAUGUAGGAUCAUGUCAACAGUUAUCAUCUUGUGUUUGUGAUAUGUUCCAAAAAUAUUAUUAAUAAAUUUUUAUAUAUA